AUGUCUUCACUACCUGAUCAAACUAAAUCAUUACUAGCUCCACAGUCUUCUUCUGAUGAAGAGGAAAAGGAGGAAUUAUUGGAAUUACCAAAAAGUAAAUAUAUUUCAUAUUUCUCACAUCAAUUCUGGGUAUUAAAUGAAUAUUUAAGAUUCAGAAUAUGUUACUAUAACCUUAUUUUUUGUAGUGUUAUUGUACUAUUUUCAAAUGAUCACAAACUUUGGUUGCCGUUAACUUAUGUAUUCAUAGUGCUGGAUAUUUUUUAUGGAUGGGUAAUAUUAAUUUUGUUAACUGCACCAAUAAGAAAAAAAUACGUUUUAGGUGUCGAUGGACAAUUAGAAUUAAUGUUAUUAGUUAUUGAUAACAAACCUGGUUUAGACUUAGAAAAAUGGGAUUCUAUUACUUUACAAAUAAAUUCACAUUUGUUCAAUACACAUCGUUGGAUGAAUACUGAUUUCAUCUUCGAUGGAAAACAAUGCCUCCAAUUAUUCGAAUACUUAAUAAAACCUAACAAAUUUAUUCAACUUUAUGUUGAUCCUGCACUAAUUAAUCUGAAUCUACAAAUUGAAGAAGCUAGAAGAUGCCAUUAUGAAUCUUUGGAAAUUAAUUAA